AAGGCUUUUGUAUGGAUAAAGUUCAAAUUUCUUGUUUAUAUUCGAAUUAUUAUUGGCGAAGUCUCUUGCUGCUGUCCCAUAUCUGUCCCAUGUGUAGGUGUGAUGCCAAAAACCCUGUAGUGUUGGAUGCUUUCUUGUCAAUUCGGAAGAUUCCGAUAUUCCAGCAAGUGCCACAGACUAAUCCACCUUGCAACGGAAAUAGGAAACAACUGAUGUAACUGAGCUUAUGGAGUAUCGGCAAACUUGGCAGUCACAGGAUGUCGACUCGCAGUAUCAAUCUUAUAUCACUGACCAGCGCCUUACCUCGCCUCCUUUGUGCACCAGAAAAGGUAAACUUGUGAUUGUUGACAUACCAACUAGCUUUAUUGUACAAAACCUAAUUAUUCGGACAAGCUCGUCAUGGUAAACACGGGAAAACCAUCAAAGGGAUGCUACAUAUGUAGAGCUAGGCGGAUCAAGGUGUGUUUCCUCCUCUCAUGGUAAGAUCAGAAUAUGGGUGUUGGUCCUAACCAUUAUCUCAGUGCGAUGAGGGUAAACCGUCAUGUAUGAAAUGCCUAAAGUCAAAACGAGAAUGCCUUGGUAUGAUUGAGUUCCAUUUGAAAUGAUCAGAUCCAGCCAGUCGUUGACAAAAGCUACAGGAUAUCGCGACGAUUAUGAGCUUAAGCUUCGAGACAAAACCAAGGCCACCAAGCGGAAAUCUUCUAUAGCUUUUGACGCAAGCAUCCCGACUUUCACCAUAGACUCAUACAACCACUCACCAUGCCAAAGUGAAAGCAGUCGACCAACAAGGAGGAAAAUCCAUACACUAAAUAAUGUAAACAUUUACAAAGCUAUCGACUUGAUCACAACCACCAGCCCUCCUGGUCUCUUACUAUCUACUGAUGGCAUUCAUACAGAGCUAAGCCGCUUGCUUAAGCCCUCAAGCGUCGAUAUUGAGCCGUCCGCGUCACUGAAAAUGGUUGUCUCUUGCCAAUUAUCCCCCCCUAUUAAUGAACGAGCCACAUGCUUUUUCUUAUCUAAUUUUGUUCUGCUUCCACGUGGACUCACAGGAAAAGGGAAUUUGGAUUUCCUCCUGCCACUCGUGUAUGCUGCUAGAUCAACAGAAACCACACUUAUGCUUGCGUUAAAUGCCGUCGCACAUGUUGCUCUCGCGAACCAGCCAGAUGCUAGGAAACUUAUUCCUCUAGCCGACAGUAAGUAUGUGAUAGCUUUGAAUCAAGUCAACAAAGACCUUCAAGAUUCGGAAAAAGCGAAGCAAGAUGCGACUUUGGCAGCAGUUUUUUUGUUAUCCUUCUACGAGGUAAAAUAAUCUCAUCGCCAUUUUAUACAUAACGCUAACCAAGACUAGCAACUUAGCUCACAUCCCAUGUCUUUGACAGGAUGGUUAUCUCACAUCAAUGGAGCUGUAGCGCUGGUGAAGGCUCGGGGGCGAAGCCAGCUUGACACAAAGAUUGGGCGCUCCUUAUUUGACGCUGUUAGAAGGCACAUGGUAGCAUUUCAUUUCCAUAUCAUUUAACGAAACGAGACUGAUUAUAAAUAGACUAUCGAAUGUAUCAGCCGGUCAAAGUAUGUCAAGGAAGGCGUCGAUUGGUGGACAUCGUUUGCGUUGGAAGAUAAAGUUCAACAUCAAGUAUCCGUACUCAACCUCAAAGUAGCAAACCUACGCGCAGACUCCCAUCGAAUUUGCACCCUCGAAGCUCGCACAUCAGAAAAUGUCGAAAAGGUAGUAAACCACUUGGAGAACGCAAAACUAAUCGAGAGAGAAUACGUCGACUGGUAUACAAAUCUUCCCGACGAAUGGACGCCUAAAAUGGCAGCUUGGAUUGACGACAUAUCGGAGAAAAACAUCGAGUCUGCCACGUGCUAUCCAGGAAAAAUUGAUAUAUAUGGUGAGCUUUGGAUGGCUACCACGCAUAACAUUGCACGCGCCUCGAGAUUGUUUAUUAUCACGACUAUCCUGCGAUGUACUGCAUGGCUUAAUCCCGGCGUCGAUUACAGGCUCACACCAGAAUAUGUGAAUGCUUCGCAACAGGCAAGCUUACUGAUCGACGAUAUCGUGUCAAGCAUUCCGCUCUUCUUUGGCUGUGACAUCCUACAUACUGAUAUCCCUGUGGUCGAAAACUCGUAUUUUCCCUGUGGGAAGGACAGUGGAAUAAGUGGAAAGGGGGUAACGGGUGUUUGGGCAAUAUGGCCAGUAUUUGCAGCAGCAGCCUCAGAUUUCGCGACUAAUACCCAGCGGUUAUGGUUACGAGGACGACUUAAAUACAUUGCAGAGGAUUUAGGGAUACGUCAAGCUGAGAUGCUACUUGAGGUAUGAUUGACUCUUUCUUCUCAUCCUCGUUGUUAAUUCCUCAUAGUUGCAAACCCGGUAUCCCUCAACGUUUAUCUAUAGAGAUCAGGUCAUGAUUGAAGAUCUCAAGAGGGCGAAGAUGGAUGGUAUGAUUGGAGACACUCCCGUCUGCAUCUAGCCACAACGUAUUGAUGGGGUUAUAAACAUAAAGUAAAUACUUGCAGACUACAAUAUCUUUCUAUAGUAUUUUAUCUAAUAUUGAACGCCUUACAAUCUCAUGACUUGUGAGAAAAGACUUAUCAUCAAUGCUCACGUUUCAGCAGUGGUAUCUAGCUCUUUGACCCAAAUCCGAUACAAGCGGAUAAUUGACUCGGACAUUACCCGACGAGUUACCCGAUGGGCUUCUCA